AAAAAAAUUUUCGCGAAUGAAGAACAUGGUGAACAGUGCCAGAAUUGGGUGAUAGACUCGGAUUCAGAAUCAAGUGGGGUUGGAGCGCGGGUCGAGGCGUGGAUCCUCCUCGUGGAGCACUGACGUCAUGCUGACGCAGGUGCCGUUGCUGACGUCAUCCUGAUAGGUGCUGAUGUCCGAGGAGAGAAAGGUAAAAAAAGAAUAUAUAUAUAUAUAUAUAUAUAUUUUUAAUGGCGAGUACUUUAACGGCCAAGUUCGAGGUGGAGUCCUUUAAUGGGAAAAAUAAUUUCAGUCUGUGGCAGAGUAUUGUGAAGGAUGUGUUGGUCCAAUAAGGACUGAUUAAGGCACUGUAUGGGAAAGAUAAGAAGCCAGAGAUCAUGUCAGAUGAUCAGUGGGAGGAGCUGGAAAUGAAAGCGGUAAGUACCAUUCGCUUAAGUUUAGCACCUCCAAAAAUUAAAUACAAUGUGUUGAAUGAAACAUCACCAAUUGAGCUUUGGAAAAAAUUGGAGAAUAUUUAUAUGUCCAAGUCCCUAGUUAAUAGAUUGUAUUUGAAGAAACAGUUGUAUCAGUUGAGGAUGACUGAGGGCACAGAAGUCAGAGACCACCUCAAUUAUUUCAAUAAAAUAAUCACGCAGUUGUUGAGUAUUGAGGUAAAAAUUAAGGAGGAUGAUAAAGCACUAAUUCUGUUGUAUUUGCUUCCCAGUUCACUUGUUACUUUAAAAACCACACUACUGCUAGUUAAGGAGACACUUACAGUUGAUGAGGUGACUACUGCCAUUCUGGAGAGUGAGAAUUUUCACAAACCAGAUCAUUCAGGACAUGGAGAAGGGUUGGUGGCUAAGGGUGAGUCUAGCCAACAGCGGGGCGGGAGUUUUAGGAGGGGUAAUUGGAAUCGAGGGAAAUCUCGAUCCAAGUCCAACGGUAAGGGUGGGAAUUGGAGGAGUGGUUGUUUUUAUUGUGGGAAAGAAGGACAAAUGAAGAAGGGCUGUCUAAGGAGGAAAAGAGAUUUAGAGGAAAAGAAUAGAAAGAAGACUGAGCAGGUUAUUGUAGUGGAGAGCAGUUAAUUAGUUUUUGAUGGGGAUCUUUUGGCUGUUACUACAGGUUCCAGUUAUUUAGCCGAUACCUGGACUUUGGAUUCAGCGUGCUCAUAUCAUAUGUGUCCAUACAGGGACUGGUUUGACUCCUAUGAACCAAUCUAUGGAGGGACGGUGUUAAUGGGUAAUGAUGCUUCCUGUGGUAUUCUUAGUAUUGGAACGGUUAGAAUUAGGAUGUUUGAUGGUGUGGUUAGAACCAUCAAGGAUGCGAGGCAUGUUCCAUAUCAGAAAAAGAAUUUGAUUUCCUUGGGCUCUUUGGAUAGUAAUGGUUUCUCUUUUUCAGCUAUGGAUGGUGUGCUGAAAGCAGCUAGAGGUUAACUGGUAGUAAUGAGGGGUCAUUUGAGGAACAAUUAGUACACUUUGGUGGGUAGCACAGUGACAGGUGGAGCUGCAGCUAGUACCUCUUCAGAUACAGAUACAGAUGAUACUACUCUGUGGCAUAUAAGGUUGGGUCACAUGAGUGAGCAUGGUUUGUAGGAGCUGCACAGGCGAAACUUACUGAGAGGUAAUUCUUAUUGUCAGCUUAAGUUCUGUAGAUACAUUUUGUUUGGUACAUAGCACAGGGUGAGUUUCAGAACAAGAAAGCAUACUAGCAAGGAGGAGCUGGAGUACAUUCAUUCAGAUGUAUGGGGUCCAGUACAGGUACAGUCUCACAGUGGUGCUAUUCAUUUUGUCUCAUUUAUUGAUGACUUUUCUAGGAAAGUUUGGGUGUAUUUUCUGAAGCACAUGAGUGAGGUAUUUAGUAAGUUUAGGGAAUGGAAAGCUCAGAUAGAGAAGCAAACGAGGAAACAGGUGAAGUUUCUGAGAUCUUACAAUGGACUAGAGUACAAAAAUAGCCAGUUCAUUGACUUCUGUAAGGAAGAGGGGUUCACUAGGCACUAUACGAUUCCACAUGGGCCAUAGCAGAAUGGGGUGGCUGAAAGGAUGAACAGAACAUUACUAGAGAGGGUAAGGUGUAUGAGGAUUCACGCUAAUCUGCCUAAGUCGUUCUGGGCAGAAGCAGUGAGUAUGGCAUGCUACUUGGUAAACAAAUCUCCUUCUGUAGCUAUUAACGCAAAGAUUCCUAAGGAGGUAUGGACAGGUAAGCCAGUAGAUUACUCUGUGUUGAGAAUAUUUGGUUGUCCAUCGUAUGUGCAUGUGCAGGAAUAGGACAGAUCAAAGUUGGACUCAAAGUCCAAAUCGUGCGUAUUUCUUGGUUUCCAAGAAGGAGUGAAGGGAUACCGGUUCUGGGACCCUAUAACACGAAAGGUGGUCAUUAGCAAGGAUGUGGUCUUCAAUGAGGAAGCCAUGUUGAAGGAGAAUGCUGAUAAGAAUGUGGAGUUUGAUUCAGCAAAAGUACCUAUUCAGGUGGAGCUGGACAGUAUGCAGAAUUCAGGUAUGGGUAAUACUUAGACUACUGUUGUUGAUUCUGUUGCACAGGAUACAGUGAGAUAGGCUACAGUUCCUUAGGAAAUUCCUUAGACAGGUGAUAGACAUGAGCCUACAAGGCUAGCCAUCGGUAGAGAAGGAGGAAUGUUAAGCCUCCGGUCAGGUAUGGGUUUGAGGACUUAGUUGCAUUUGCUCUGAUUACUAGUAGUAGAGAUCCUUUUGAUUUUUAGGAAGCAGUUCAGAGUUCUGAACGAAAUAGUUGGCUUGGAGCCAUAGUUGAGGAGAUGGAAUCUCUUCAUAAGAAUGACACUUAGGUGUUGGUUCAGAAGCCCAAGGACAGGAAGUUGAUUGGUUGUAAGUGGGUUUCAGAAAGAAAGAACCUACUUCAGAAUGAGAAGGGAUAAAAUAGAAGGUCAAGUUAGUAGCAAAAGGAUACAAACAGGAAGAAGGUAUAGAUUAUAAUGAAAUCUUUUCUCCUGUUGUUAAGCGUGCUUCUAUUAGAUCCUUGUCAGCAUUGGUUGCCAUGCAUGAUUUAGAUCUAGAACAGAUGGAUGUAAAGACAACUUUCCUUCAUGGUGAGUUGGAGGAAGAUAUCUUUAUGGAGCAACCAGAGGGGUUUGUGGAACAAGCUAAAGAGCACCUGGUAUGUAAGUUGAAUAGGUCUCUUUAUGGUUUAAAGCAAUCUCCUAGGCAAUGGUAUAAAAGGUUUGAUUCUUAUAUGUUGAGGAUUGGGUAUGUUAGAAGCAGUUAUGACAGUUGUGUUUACUUUAGAUUGCUUAACAGUGGUGUAUAUGUGAUCCUUAUGCUAUAUGUGGAUGACAUGUUGAUUGUCUUUAGCAGUAUUGAUGACUUGAAUGUGUUGAAAGCUAGGUUACAAGAUGAGUUUGAGAUGAAGGAUCUUGGUGCAACUUAAAAGAUCCUUGGCAUGGAAAUCAGGAGCGACAGACAACAGAAGAAGUUGUGGUUGUCACAGGGUAAGUAUAUUGAGAAGGUGUUGGAAAGAUUUAACAUAGAUAAGGCUAAACUGGCAAGUACACCUCUAGCUGCUCAUUUUCAGUUGUCUGCUAAACUAUGUCCUUAUACUGAUGAGGAUAAGUUGGAUAUGACUAGUGUGCCUUAUGCUAGUGCAGUAGGGAGUUUGAUGUAUGCUAUGGUAUGUAGUAGACCAGACUUGUCAUAUGCAGUUAGUUUGGUAAGCAAAUAUAUGGCUAAUCCAGGUAGAAUGCAUUGGAAUUCAAUGAAAUGGGUUUUCAAAUAUUUGCAUGGCACUUCUGAUUAUGGUAUCCUGUUUAAAAGUACUAAUGAUUGUAAUGUUCAGGGUUAUGUGGACUCCAAUUAUGCAGGUGAUUUGGAUAAGAGGAGGUCUACUUCUGGCUUCAUUUUUACCAUGGCAGGUGAUUUCAUUAGUUGGAAGGCUAUGUUGCAACCUACUACAGUUUUGUCUACUACAAAAGCUGAAUACAUAGCUUUGGCAGAGGCAGGUAAGGAGACUUUAUGGUUAACUAGACUGAUUCAGGAACUUGGUGUUAUGCAGGAUAGGUUACACGUAUUCUGUUAUAGUCAGAGUGCGAUCCACUUGGCAAGGAAUCAUGUCUACCACUCUCGCACGAAGCAUAUUGACAUGCGGUACCAUGCAGUUAGAGGUUGGGUUGAAAGUGCAUAGAUCUGCAGACUAUGAUGAGUUCAAGAAGAGAGGGUGGAAAGCCUUUCAAUAUUGGUCCUAAUGCUAAUUUGUCACUUGGGGGGAAUUAUGUAUCUGAAAGCCCUACAGUUGAUCAGUUGAGUCGUGGUGUGGCAGAUGCUAACUUGGCCUCAUCUGAUGAUGGUGAGUGGGAGGUUUGUGCCAGGAAGUCCAAAAACAGAGCUGGAAGCAGUUCUGCAAAGGCUUGCAUUCCUCAGAAUUCAAAUUCCAAAGCAUGGGGACACCCGGAUGUAAUUCAGAAGCUAGGCAUGUGUAAUGAUGGUCCUGGAAAGGCAUCUGGCAAUACCUGGCCUACACAAUUUGCUGAUUCUAAGAGACCAGCUGGUAGAGGGGGUCUAAGGCCCCAGUCAUUUAAUAGAGGAUUUGAGAACAAUCAUGUGGCCCCACCAGCUGUUAUUCCUCCACCUAUGGUGGGAGGAUGGAAUUGGUCUUCUAGAGCUACUGCUGUGCAGCUGAAAGGGUCUGAAGAUGUAAGGGGCAAAGACGUUGAUGAUGGUGGCAGAGACGAUGAUAUUGAUGUUGGUGAUGACAAAGAUAAUGACAAAGAUAAUGACUCUGAUGCUAUUGAUGACAGUGAUGAUGAUUUCUUUAGUGAUGGCUUUGAUUCUGAUACAAGUCAAAAGAGCCAUGAGACACAAAAGAAGAAUAAAUGGUUCAAAAAAUUCUUUGAAAUCUUAGAUAAGUUAACUGUUGAUGAGAUCAAUGAACCAGCAAGGCAAUGGCAUUGUCCAGCAUGCCAUGGUGGUCCUGGUGCUAUUGACUGGUACCGAGGGCUGCAGCCCUUAAUUUCACAUGCGAAUACCAAAAGGACUAAAAGGGUGAAGCUCCACCGAGAAUUAGCAAAAAUUUUGAAUGAGGAGCUGAGUAGGAAGGGAACUUCAGUCUUACUUUCUGGAGAAACAUUUGGUAAAUGGAAAGGCUUAAAUCAGACAACAAUCAAAGAUUAUGAAAUUGUUUGGCCACCAAUGGUUGUUGUUAUGAACACGAAACUUGAAAAGGAUGAAAAUGACAAGUGGAUUGGCAUGGGAAAUCAGGAGCUUCUCGAUUACUUCAGCUCAUAUGCUGCUAUAAAAGCUCGACACUCAUAUGGUCCACAAGGACAUCGAGGGAUGAGUGUGUUGAUUUUUGAAGCAUCAGCGAUGGGUUACUUAGAAGCAGAGCGUCUGCAUAAGCAUUUUGAAGAGCAAGGAACAGAUAGGAAUGCUUGGGAUCGUUGUCGGGUCCUAUUCUAUCCGGGUGGGAAGCGGCAACUUUAUGGUUACAUGGCAGUGAAGGAAGACUUGACUAUCUUCAACCAGCAUUCCCAAGGCAAAUCCAAACUGAAAUUUGACAUGAAGUCCUACCAAGAAAUGGUUGUCAGUCAGAUGAAGCAAAUGAGUGAGGAUAAUCAGCAGCUUAUCUUGUUCAAGGACAAGGUUGUUAGAGAACAAAGGCGUUCAAAAGCCUUGGAGGAGUCUUUUGGUAUUGUGACCGAGAAGCUUCGCAAAACCAUAGAAGAAAAUCGUAUUGUGAGACAAAGAACCAAGAUGCAGCAUGAACAAAACAAAGAAGAGAUGGAUUUCCAAGAGCAAUUUUUCAAGGAUCAAAUCACAAUCAUUCACGAUGCUAGAGAUGCGAAGGAAGAUGAAUUUGAGAAGCUGCAACAGGAGGAGCGUGAGAAGGUGAAGCAGGCAAAUGCAAAUCCUUCUACCAUCAUGGAUAGCAUGGGCAGGUUGGAAGGAGUUGCGAGAUUCAUCCAGCUUCAAGAUAAGGAGAUGGAAGAAUUUGUCGCCGAGCGUGACAGAUUGAUAAAAAUUCAUGAAGACAAGAAGGUGGCAAUGAGGCGAAGGCAUUUGAAGGAACAACUUGAACUGGAAAAAGGGUUUGAUGCUGAUCUAACCCGGCUUAUGGAGAAGUACACCCCACAUCACUAGGAGGAAAAUGCCACAAAGUUUUGAGAGAGAGAGAGAGGAAAAUGCUGCCAACUUUUGAGCAAGAGUACUUUUUAACAGCACCUAUUGCCGCGUGAUUGCAAAUAAAUAAUUAGAGAAUUUACUUUUAAUCUCUUUGAAGUUAUAAAAAUGAGUAUAAAUCUGGAAUACUUUUA